CCCGCCGGGCUGCUGGCCGCCGCGGCGCAGCUGAGCCAGUGCCGCACCGUGCUGCGCCUCUUCGACGACCUCGCCAUGCUCUGCCACAGCCGCGGCUACGGGCUGGGGCCCAAGGACGAGGACGCCGCGGUGCGCGCGCUCUCGGUGCUCGCCAACGUGGCCGACCAGCUGUACUACCCGUGCGAGCACGUGGCGUGGGCCGCCGACGCCGGCGUGCUGCGCGCCAGCUCGCGCGCGUGGUGGGCGCUCAGCACCGCGCUCUGGGCCCUCUCCCUGCUCCUCGGCAUCCUGCGGUCGCUACGAGUUCUGCUGCAGCUGAGGAGGAAGCUGAAGCAGCACACGGGCAGUAAAUCGUUGUCUCCGAGGCAGAAGAAGCUGAGAGCUCAGGUGAAGGCUGAAGUUCUGAGCGUCGUCAGCAGCUUGGCGGAUCUCUGCAACGCCGUCCACUGGCUGCCCCCGGGAUUCCUGUGGGCCGGCCGCUUUCCUCCGUGGUUAGUGGGGCUCUUUGGGACCGUCUCUUCCCUAAUCAGCAUCUACCAGGCAUCUGCAGGGAGAAAUUCCGAGGCUGUGUGAUCUGGAAAUCAGCUUCUGGAAUCCAUUUUCUCCUUGUGUGCUGCCAGCAGGAUAUUUUAAUUUGUCUAGGUGUCAAUGAUUGUGAUUCCGUGAAUCCUAUAAUUGAAACUGGGAUCGAGAUCCCUUUUACACAGAGGAUGGAUUAGGGUUAAAUUAGUCCUUCUGGCUCUUCAUGACAUGAAGCUCUUUGAGGCGAAUGCUCUGGAAAUUGUGCAAUCUCCGAGGGGGAAAUUAGGUUACGGGUAACGGAUGUGGCCACGGCUCCGUUACGCAAAACUUGGGCAAGAGAGAGAGAUCCUGAGAGAUUCUCGUGCUCCAUGCCCAGCGCUCGGGGCCUCAUCAGAAAGCAGCGGGUGACCUGAACCCUGCAGGUUUCUCCAUCAGAUAUUUUGGGUUUUGAGGCGGUAUUUGGGUUUUGAGGCCGGUCAGCUGCCCCAAGCGCAGACAGCGGCCGAGGGAGGCGGGUUUUACCCGUGACAGGUGAGUUGCUUUAGAGGUGACGUGGGAAGGGAACGGCCGCCGUUAGCGGGGUCUCGCUAAGCUGCUUGCAGUCAGUAUUAUCACGUAAGGAGAACGAAGAGACGUCGCAUCCAGGCUCAAUCAAAGCGUGCGGGACCUUGAGCUGUGCCUUACCGGAGCACCACGGGGUGGAGCUCUUCCACCGGCCGCCCAGGGACAUGUUAAAG